CUCUUGCGCGCCAUUCCAGAAAUGGCGGCCCCACUGGGAGGUAUGUUCUCCGGGCAGCCACCUGGACACCCCGGGGACUCCAGGGGCCAAGCUUCGCUUCUUCAGGCCGCGCCAGGCCCUCCAAGAACUUCUAACAGCACCUUGGUGGAUGAGUUGGAGUCUUCUUUUGAGGCUUGCUUUGCUUCUCUUGUGAGUCAGGACUAUGUCAAUGGCACGGAUCAGGAAGAAAUUAGAACUGGUGUUGAUCAGUGUAUCCAGAAAUUUCUGGAUAUUGCAAGACAGACGGAAUGUUUUUUCCUACAGAAAAGAUUGCAGUUAUCUGUCCAGAAACCAGAGCAAGUUAUCAAAGAGGAUGUCUCGGAACUAAGGAAUGAGUUACAGCGGAAAGAUGCUCUGGUCCAGAAGCACUUGACAAAACUGAGGCAUUGGCAGCAGGUGCUGGAAGACAUCAACGUGCAGCACAAAAAGCCAGCCGAGAUCCCUCAGGGCUCUUUGGCCUACCUCGAGCAGGCAUCAGCUAAUAUCCCUGCACCAAUGAAGCAAACCUGAGUCAGAGCUGGUCUGAAGGUGAUCUGGUGUGUGAGUCAGCCUAAACACAGUCUUGACAGACAUCACUUCUUGUGGACAUGACAUUUUGGAAGAACUCUUUGCCAAAGAAUAAGAUGAUUUUUGUUGAUGAGCUCACCUAAAAUUUUCCCCUUAUUUUUAUAAGUGUUGUUUUUUGAGUACUUUAUAAAAUGCCUAUAUAGUUUUGGUAAAUCAAGUAAAUUUUCCCAUCUGUAGCAAAGUUUAGACUGUUAGUGUGAUGCCACUUACAGAUUUCCUUUUCCAUGUUUCUUUUUUCUGUUUGUACUUACUGUUUUUGUAUGACUUAGUCUCUUCGUGUUUCCAGUUUUAGAUUAGCUUAUAUGAUCUGAUCUAAGAAUCAGAAGGUGAUGAUUUUGUUUGUAGGCCUUUCAUGACAAUUAUCCCUCAGUAGUUGUGCAGAAAAAUAGGUAAAUUUGCAUGCUUCAGACUUUAAAUUACCUCAAGAAGAAGAAUCUAAUACAGUGAUAUUUGUAAUGCAUCUGUAGCUCUUAGAAUGAGGAUAUUUUGUAAAUAGGUUGAAAGGGUUACAAUAUCGUAAGUUAGAAUAGUAAUAAUGUGGUACGAUCCUUACGUUGAUGUUGACUUUUAUUUGGACUAACCUUUUUAUUUUGUGUGGUGUUUUUCCAAUUUUUGGAGUGGAGAUGUGUAGUAGGAGCAGUAAUAAGCCAAGUUUUGUUAUGUUCUCCAGUGAUGAAUCACUGUAAGUAAGGGGGCAGACUUUGUUUUCAGUGUGAUGCUUGAGGCAUAUAUGCAGUAUGAAACAUUAAAGCUUGCUAUGAUCAUCUCUUUUCA